CGCGAACGCGGACGAUCGUGCGACGCGCGGGAGCUCCCUCGCGUCCGCGCCUCGUUCGCAUCGCGCGGCGCGGGCGAAGCGCGCGCGCGGUCGCUCGGCGCGCGCGCGCGACCCCACCGCACCGCGCGUCGACGACGCCCCAGGGAGCGAGAGAACUUUUUCGCGCGGGACGGACGCGCAGAUCUCGCGUCGUCGUCGUGCCGACGGUCAGCGUCGGAUGCUCGGCGAGCCGCGCGCGUUCGGCGUCAACGAUCCGUUCGCGACGCAGCCGCCGCCGCGCGCGGGUCUGACCGCGAUCCCCGCGCCGUGGGGCGCGUCGCCGAAGGACGGAUCCACCGGCGUCGCGUCCGCCUCGGGAGCGGGACCCGGCGCGACGACCUCGUCGACGACGACGUCGACGACGUCGACCACGACGGUUUCGACGACCGCCCCGCGCGGUCGCGGCGGCUCGUUCGCGAACCUCUCGACCGGCGCGACGGCGCCGUCGCCGCUGCCCUCCGCCGCCGCCAUGCAGCACGCGCGCAGUGACAACAUGAGUAACGCCGCCACCCAUCAGCAGCAGCACAGCAACGUGUACGUGAAGAACCUCGCGGAGGACGUGGACGAGCUCACGCUGAAGAGCGUCUUCGACGCGUUCGGCGUCGUCGAGUCGUGCUGCGUGAUUAGGGACGUGAGCACGAACACGUCGAGGGGGUUCGGGUUCGUCAAGUUCGACGGCGUCCAAUCCGCGGAGAGCGCGAUCAAGGAGAUGCACGGCAAGAGCGUGCGAGGACGCACGCUGGAGGUGAAGUUCGCGAACAGCGACAGCAGCGCGACGACGGCGGCGGCGGGGAUCGGGACGCCGAGCGAUAACAUCUACGUCAAAGGCUUGCCGCCGCGGUGGACCGAGGUGGAACUGAGAGCGUUCUUCAAGGUGUUCGGGGCGAUCAUCGAGUGCCGGCUGCUGCACGCGUCCGGGACGACGACCGCGGGCGCGCUGAUUCGGUUCGCGAGCGCGGAGCAGGCGGCGAGCGCGGUCGUGACCGCGAACGGGCGCGUCCCCGCGGGGGGCGCCGUCCCGCUCGUGAUUCGAUUCGCCGAUUCGCACGGCAAGGCGAAACGCGGCGCGAAUUCCGGGAAUUCGAACAGUCGCGGGAACAGCGUCCACGGCGGUGUUGGCAUCGACGGCGUGAACAUCCCGGGCGCCCUGAACGGCGGCAACGACUGGGUCCCCGGCGCGUUCGGCGGCGCCGGGCACCCGGGCGUGGUGUCUCCGGGCAGCGCGCUGAUGGCGGCGAUGUCCGCCGCCGCCAUGAGCGCGGGCGGGAGCGUUCGCAACCUCGACAUCGCGUCGAUGCUCCUCGCGCAGCAGCACAAC